GGCCUCGGCGGCCCCAGCGCGCCCCUGCCCGACUCAUUCGGCCAGUCCGGGCAGUCCGGGCAGGCGGAGCCGAGCGGGCAGGCCGGACAGAGCCAGCAGCUCGACCAGACGACGACCAUCAGUCGGCCGGCACAGCAGGUGAAGCCCGAGGAGGACCUGAACACGUGCACCACACCGCAGCUGGGCGCGGGCGUUUGCCGUGACCUGGGCACAUGCCCGCAGCUGCUGUUCGACCUCACCAACCUGCGCAGCAGCAUCUGCUUCCAGUCGCUCUUUGUGCCCGGCGUCUGCUGCCCAGACACGGGGGGCUCCGGCUCCUCUUCCAGCUCUGUCAGCGCUCUUCCCGACUUUGGCCCACCGCCUCGGCCACAGCCUCAGCCGCUCCCCACGCGCCGGCCGGUCGCCAGCCGACCCCCCUUCCAUGGGGGCCUGGGCGCGCCUCUGCCGGCGACCGCGACGCGUCCUCGGCCAACUGCCGUCACGCGGCCGUCAGUGCCGUCUCGACCAAUCAACGGUCGACCACCGCCAAUCACAGCCCACAACCGAUUUCCGUGCGGCCAGCCGCAAGCGCCACUGUCCCGCGUGGUGGGCGGUGACGUGUCAAGGCCGGGCCAGUGGCCUUGGAUGGCGGCCAUCUACCUCAGCGGCAAAGGCAGACGCGAGUACUGGUGCGGCGGCUCGCUCAUUUCUCGCCGCUACGUCAUGACGGCGGCCCACUGCACCAAGGACUCCAGGGGCAAGAGCUUUCACCCGAGGCAGUUCACGGUUCGCCUGGGGGAUACCAACCUGAAAUCGAGUGCGGAGGCGGCCCACACGGCCAGGUUCAGGGUCAUCGAGUACGUCGCACACCCCGACUUCAAGCUGAACGGCUACUACAACGACAUCGCGCUGUUCAAGCUAGACCGACCGGUGAACUUCAACGAGUACGUGAUCCCGGUGUGCCUGCCGGACGAGUACGAGGGUCGGCCCCUGGACGCGCUGGUCGGCCGCACCUCCAGCGUCAUCGGCUGGGGCGUCACCUCUUACGGAGGCCGGGAGUCAUCGCAGCUCCGAAGUGCUGACAUGCCGGUAUGGAGCCAGAGCGGUUGCGACAACGCCUACUUCCAGCCGAUCCAGGAGAUGUUCAUCUGCGCCGGCUUCACCGACGGCAGGAAGGACGCGUGCCAGGGCGACUCCGGCGGCCCCCUGGUGUACUUCGAGAACGGCAGGUGGAUGCAGAUCGGCAUCGUGUCCUUCGGCAACCGCUGCGCUCAGGCCGGCUACCCUGGCGUCUACACCAGGACGGCCAACUUCCUGCCGUGGAUCCGGCAGAACUUGAUCUGACCCGCGGUCCGUGUAGACCAUCUCAACAAUCCGGGAAAGGCUUGCGAUGUCCCGGAAGCUCCGCCCUCAGCGCACCGCCCGCUGCGGGGAGCGCCGCCCUGAUGACCGCCGCCGGACCGCUCGCACGCGCUGCAAGGUCAACAGCGUGACCCGGCCGCUCAGA